UUCACAACCAUUUGACCAGUUGACCUUUUUCUCUUUUUAGCAAAAGCAAACACUCCCCAGCAAACCACUUUCCCCAUUGCCAAUCAUCCAUUCCUGGGACACUGACUGAGUCUGACUCAUCACUCCGGAUGAUGCUCAGGGCUCAUUGGCAAUUGAUGGUAAACCUUUCAAUAACGUUGCUUCUCCUGCUACUUCCGCCGUUGCAGGUGAUUUGCCUGUCGUCUGUAGCUUCUGAGGAGUACCAUGGGUGCAUGCCAUCAGUGGAAUGGCAGACCAUAACGAAACGCAACUACUCUUCAGAGAUCCGUCUCCAUCCUCACCUUCUUCUCCUGGUUACCGUUCCAUGGUCUGGAGAGUCUAGGUCCCUUAUGAAGGAAUUAGGUCUUGCAUUGAACAGUGAACGUUUCAGAUUUGGCUCCCUAAAGCUGAGGGUCCUAUUUAGAAACAAUGAGAGAACUCUGGCUGAAGCUCUCGGUGCUAACACCGGAAUCUCAGUUGUAUAUUAUCAGCAUUCCUUGUUUUACAAAUACCGUGGGAGACUCAGAGCUCACAACAUAUUAUCUUCCAUCCAUUAUGCUAUGUCAUUACUGCCUGAAGAACUUCCUCUGAAAUCUGUGAGCACAGCAGAAGAGCUGAACGUUUUUCUUGGUUCUACUGACAAGGCUUUACUUCUCUUAGAAUUUUGUGGAUGGACUCAGAAAUUGCUGGCCUUGGGAAAGAACAAUGGAACAGAUAAUGGGUUUGGUUUCAAUGAUGAGUUCAAUAGAACAGUUGUCAAUGAGAGUAAAAUUCAGAAGGUGUGCAGUUAUUUUUCAUUAUGAGGGAACAAUAAAUGAGAAGAUGGAAUGCGAUAUUGAUGACAGGAGUGGUUUCAUUCCUCAUCUUAACAAGUUUUCUUUAGGAAAUGACAUCACUCUCUUGGAGGCUGAGUUUGUGUCUCAUGGCGCAUCUACUUGUGGUAAUAAGGAAUUCGGGCAUUUCAAGUCUUUCUUAGAAAAAACUGUGAUAGCUGCAAGGGAGUUCUUUCUUCCUCCUGAGAGGCUAAGAUUUGGUGUAGUUACCAAUAAAUCACUGCUUUCCAUGCUAAAUGUUGAAGAUCCAGGGUCAUGGUUGAUGACACUGCAAGUUGCUGGAUGCCCAACUUGUUCAAUUGUUUUUAAAGAAGGUGAUGAUCUAAAAAAUGCAAUACAGACUCAAGUGUCACCCGUUGCAGAGGUCACCCUCCUAUACCUUACUUCUGAGUUGGAUAUAUUGGGUAUCUUUGGCUUGGCUUUGUUUAAAGGAAGAAAUAGAGAAGAGAGAAAUGGGCGAGGAAGAGAUUGAGAAGUGAGAAAUAGUAGAGAGGUAGAUUCUGUGUGUUUUUUGGCAGGAGAGAAAUGGAGAAGAAAAAGCUCGAAGAUGAUUCAGAUGACGCAGGGCUCUCUCUUCCAGCCCAUAAGCCCUCAGUGCUUCUUUUUGUUAAUAGAUUCUCAGUUUCGUCAACUUUGAGAAAAGAGAGCAAGAAAGCUAUUGAUGCCUUUAGAGAGUUAGCACUCCAUUAUCAUUAUUAUAACCUCGAGAGUAGAAAAGAUAACCGAAUUUCAGAAAUGGCAUCUGUUAAAGCACUUCAAGCAUUGAGGAGUACUUCUGAACACCAUAGAAUAGAUCUGUUUCAAGCAGCACAAAAGAUAGAUGCCAAUGACAAGAUGUCUUUUGUUAUAAUGAAUGAUGGAAAACAUGUCUCUGCUGAAAACUUCGCUGAUUUGAAAGGGAGUUCUUUCCAUGAGAUAUUGACACAUGUGCUUAAGCAGAAGGAGCUGAAGUUAAGCACAAUUGCUAAAGGUGCAGGAUUCCAACUCUUAUCUGAAGAUCUUAAUAUCGAACUUGGUGGCGCCUUUGCAGCGCAGGUCAGUGAUCACCCUGACCACGCUUCUGAAUCCCCCACAAGUAUUGCGACUACAGGUGCUCAUGAUUCCGAGUCUUUUUGUAACAAUGGGCCUUCUAAUGUCCAAAUAGAAAAUGCUCAACCGUUAGUAGUGCAGGCAGAAGAUCAGUCUGAUCAACCUCCUACAGGAAACCCAGAAUGGGUUCAAGAAGAUACGUUGGACUUAGAUGCAAUUCAGGUGCUACAUAAGGCAAAUCCUUUUCAUGGACGGCAUAUGCUGCAACCAGAAGUCCCUGCUGCUGAAUCUUUUGAGCUAUCUAGUGACAAGAACUUUAUUGAAGAUCCUCAUGUUCAAGAAGCAACAGAUGGUUCAGGAAGUGAGAGGAUCUUUGAGAAAGAUCUCAAGGUAGAUGAGGAAGAACGCAAGGAAGAACAUGAAAAAGUGAUCAACUUGGAAUAUGCGCAAUCUUUAGCGGUGCAGACAGAAGUUCGGACCAAUAAACCCUCUGGGGGAGACCCAGAAGGAGCUCAAGAAGCUAUCGCUUAUGGAGAGCAAGUGGCACAGCCAGAUCUCGCUGCCUCUGAAUCAUCUAAGAAGAAUACUAAAAAGAAUAUUAUUGAACAUUCUCAUGUACAAGAAACCACAUACAGUUUGGGAAAUGGGAAGAUAUUUGAGAACACUCUUGAGGUAGAUGAGAAAAAACAAGAGCAAAAUUUCAGAGGUUCCUUCUUCUUUUGUGAUGGUCAGUACAGAUUACUUAGAACCCUAACUGGAGGGUUAAAGGUUCCAUCUGCAGUAAUAGUAGACCCCACUUUGCAGCAACAUUUUGUUUUAGCUGAACAAGAAGCUUUCAACCAUUCUUUGCUAGCUGAAUUUCUUGAUAGAUUUAUCAGUGGGAGUCUUUCUCCAUAUCAACAAUCUGAGCCUUUUGCUCAAAGUCCCAGGCUAGCCCCAAAACCACCAUUUGUCAAUCAGGAUUUUCAUGAAGCAGAUUCUAUACCUAGAGUAACAGCAAAUGGCUUUACUGAGCUGGUUCUUGGAAACCAUUCUGACUCUACGUAUGGUAACAAUUCUCGGAGUCGAGAUGUCUUGGUUCUUUUCAGCAAUACUUGGUGUAGUUUUUGCCAGAGGAUGGAGUUGGUUGUUCGUGAAGUAUAUCGAGCUAUUCAAGGAUAUUUAGAUUUGCCUAAGACUGCAUCUAGUGACUAUAAAAAGCCACUGGCUGAUGAUGGUCUGAAAAAUAUCAUUGCGAAGCUUCCAUUGAUUUACUUGAUGGAUUGUACAUUAAAUGACUGCAGUUUGAUUCUGAAACCUUUGUUUGAGAGAGAAGUUUACCCAUUGCUGCUGUUAUUUCCAGCUGAGAGUAAGAAUCCUGUUCGCUAUGAAGGAGAUGUAGAUGUAUCUGAGAUCAUCAAGUUCCUUGCUGAAAAUGGCAAUUAUUCUUACGGCCCCGCUAGGGAGAAAAAUUUAUUUACCUUUUUAGAUCCAUUAAGGACUGGAGCUGGAGGUGAAAUGGACCAGCUAGUGCAAAACAGUGCCUCUUCCCUAAAGAAUUUAUACAAUGAAGUUUUACUGAAUUAUAGAAUGCCAAAAUCAAGGGAGUACACACAAAUAUCAUGCUCUUUGAAUGAUUUGCAUCAAGCACCCCUUGAAGUGGUGGUUGGUUCCAUGCUAAUUGCAACAAGUGUACUCUUGAAUUCUCAUCCAUUUGGUGAAUCUAUAAUUCUAAUAGUGAAAGGUGAUCACAGCUCGGGAUUUCAUGGUCUAGUUCUGAAUAAGAGGAUGAAUUGGGAGUCUUUGGAUGAAAUGGAUGAAGUUUUAGAAUUUGUGAAGGUGGCUCCUCUAUCUUUUGGUGGUCCUGUAAUAAGGCACGGAAUGCCUCUUGUGGCUUUGACAAAAAGACCUAUACAAGAACAUCACCAUUAUUACCCAGAAGUCCUUCCAAACAUAUAUUUCCUUGAUCAAAUGGCCACGCUUCGCUUGCUAGAGAACAUUAAAUCCGGAAACGAAUCUGUCGAUGGAUUCUGGUUCUUUUGGGGAUUUUCGAGUUGGGGUGGGAAUCAAUUAGUGAGUGAGAUUAUGGAAGGAGCUUGGACAGUGAACAAAGGCAACGGGGAGCAAAUAGGGUGGCCUUCGAUGUAAACUUCAAAAACCCUCUCAUUUCACCUCUCAAAAGUUGCUUUCUAUAUCCUACACUCGUGGACUGCAUACCAAGAAACUUUAAUACGAACCAAGUGGCGUCUGUCUUUGAUGCCUUAUAUAUACAGUAUACGUAAUUAAAUUGAAUAUGCACAUUUUCAACGAUCCCAUAUCACUGCAAAUAUUUUCAAUAUAUCCAUUUAAACUCUACCGUAAUCUCUGUUAUCAAACAAUUAAUUUUUGAUUUUGUGCAAACAAGUUGGG